AUGCUCUUCGUCCCGCGCCAAGUCGCACUCGCCGCCUCCUCCUCACAGCCCCGCGCCGCCGCCGCCGCAUCCGCCAUGGCCAAGGAGGAGCCCAAGAAGGAGAAGAAGAGCAAGAGAAAGGCGGCAGCGGCAGCGGCUGCCAAUGGAGCCGCCGCCCCCGGCGCGAGGGCCGCGGUGGUCGCCUCCGUCGCCGCCUUCCUCGAGUCCGCCGGGCUCCCGCACACCCUCGCCGCCCUCCAGUCCGAGGCCGGCCUCGAGGCCGGAGCCUGGGGGUCGUCGCAGGUGAACUUGGAGGAGCUGGUUGCCAAAUUCCUGGAGUCGAGCAAUUCAACUCUGGCGGCUGACGUCCUGGGAAGCAAUGAGCAAGAUAAGGAAAAUGGUGAUAUAGCAGGAGAAGUUAGCAAGAAAAAGAAGAGAAGUGGCGCAGAAGCUGAUGAGCCCGAGAGCAAGGCGAGUGAGCCUUCAGCUGAGGAAAAGCUGAGUGAAAAUAUGGGCGAUGAGGCCAAGGAGAAGAAACAAAAGAAGAAGAAGAAGAAGGACAAGGCUGACCCUUCAGCUGCGAAUGCUGCUAGCGGUGAAGCAACUGAAACAGUGAAGAACGAUGACCAGAAGCUUGAUGUGGACGGUGAGGCCAAAGAGAAGAAACAGAAGAAGAAGGACAAGGGUGACCCUUCAGCUGCGGAUGCUGUUAGCGGUGAGGCAACUGAAACAGUGAAGAGCGAUGACCAGAAGCUUGAUGUGGACGGUGAGGCCAAAGAUAAGAAACAGAAGAAGAAGAAGAAGAAGGACAAGGGUGACACUUCAGCUGCAGAUGCUGGUAGCGGUGAAGCAACUGAAAUAGUGAAAAACGAUGAUCAGAAGCUUGAUGGCAAGAAGAAGAAAAACAAGAAGCAGGGGAAAGAUGAUGAUGUCGAAGCUAGGCUGGAAAAGGCAGAAUUAGCAAUAAUUAACAAGUUUGAGGCAGCAGAAAAGGUCAAUGGAGAUGGCAAUGAAUCAAGAGAGGAAGAACCAAAAAGUCAGAAUGAUGGUGCUGAUGACAGCAGUGGUGCUGUGGAAAAGAAAAGGAAGAAGAAAGAUAAAUCAGUUGUCGAGACUUCAGAGAAGACUGAUACAAGAAGUGCACCUACUGAGGCUGAUGGUACCAAGGGAAACAAUGGCGUUGUAGAAACAGCUAAGGAUGAUAAUGAGAAAAAGGCAAAAAAGAAGCGGAAGAAGUCUAACCCUGAAGAAAAUGUUGAGGUUGAAGGUAAAGAGGCUGCAGGGGAAGAUCCAGUCCCAAAACAAGAUGAUGUGAACAAGAGUGGAAUGGAUGUUGAUGAAGAUCAUCAAGGAAAGUCGUCAAAUGAAAAUGCAGUUGCUGGCAAAAAACGGAAACUAGAAGAAGUUGAAGGAAGCGUUGCCCCUGUGACUCCGAAAGAAGAUAGCACAUCUAACCAAAGUCUAAGCAAUGGCUUUGCUGAGGAUAAAACAAACGAAGAUAGCAACAUAAAACCAAGUAAAAGGCAGAAAAAAUCAUCUGAACCUAAGAGUGUGACUCCUUUUCAACGGAUUAAGGUGGAUAGUGUCACAUUUGCAGAUGAAAGGCUUCAGGAUAACUCAUACUGGGCUAAGGGCGGUGCAGACACUGGUUACGGCGCAAAGGCACAGGAGAUCCUUGGCCAAGUCAAGGGAAGGGGGUUUAGGCACGAGAAGACCAAGAAGAAGCGUGGAACCUACAGGGGCGGGCAAAUCGACCUGCAAACCCACUCGAUCAAGUUCGAGAAGUCAGAUGACGAGUGA